UUUGUUCAUCUGGGUCUUAUCCUGUCCGGAGGCGGAGUUGUCAAGAAUCCAGAGGACCGUCGCCUUCUACGAAGGGGCAACGAAGACGCGAUUUGCUUCGAGAUGGAAGCAGCUGGCAUCGUGGACCAGAUCCCUUGCUUGGUCAUCAGAGGGAUAUGUGAUUACGCAGAUACACACAAAAACGACGACUGGCACCGAUAUGCAGCGGCGGCUGCAGCAGCUUAUGGCAAGGCUGUCCUAAAUUGGCUGGGACAGGAGGGUUGGAGACACCCGCAAGACGAUCACUUUGCAAAAUGCGAGCCCGGAACUGGCAGAUGGCUUCUCGAUUCACCUCAAUUCAGCGAAUGGCUCACAGGGACCGAGACAACAUUACUUUGUCAAGGCCUUCCUGGAGCUGGGAAGACCGUGAUGACUUCCCUCGUUAUUGACCACCUGGGAUGCUCGGCGCCCGAGGAGACUGUCGUUGUCUACGCGUACUGCGAUGCUGGAAAACGAGAGCAGCAAAAGGCUGUUCAUAUCCUCGCAAGCUUACUCAGGCAGUUGAUCGAAGCUAGCCCGAGCAUGCCAGAAUCCGUGCAACGUUUCCAUUCGAAAAACCAAGGCCGACAACUAAGCUCAGUCUCAGCCCGAGAGCUUACCGAUGUCCUCAUCGACGCUAAGCUUCCCCUCUCACGCGCAUAUGUCGUGAUUGACGCGCUCGAUGAG